CACGACGAUAUCGCCCAAGUUUCGGGGCCGGCAACGGUGAUUGAAACUGACAUAACGUUAUCAAACCAACCCAGCUGAACUACAUCUAAUCAAGGAUUGCACGCCCAUCAUGACCACUGAGAUUGCAGUCAGGACCUUCUUCCAGUCCCCAUUAUUUGCCGUAGUGGGCGCCUCGUCAAACACGGCCAAAUAUGGGCACAAGAUCUUUGCGUGGUAUCUGAACCAUGACAUCCCCGCAACGCCCAUCAACCCGACUUCGUCCACAGUCGACGCUCUGGGAAAGUCCUACGCCACCGUGCCCAACCUGACCGCGCUCCCCAAGCCCAAGGAGACGUCCGUGUCAAUCAUCACCCCGCCUGCCGCCACGCUCAAGGUGCUGCGCGAGGCUCGUGAGUUGGGCGUCCCUGCCGUAUGGCUUCAGCCCGGCACCUUUGACGACGAGGUCAUACGCUUUGCACGUGAGGAAGGUGCGUUCCAGGCUGUGGUUGCCGGGGAUGGUGGUAGAGGCGGCGAGGGUUGGUGUGUCCUUGUCGAUGGCGAGAGGGGGCUCAAGGCCGUUGGUAAGCUGUGAGGCGAAUGGUAAGACGAGGGAUGAGAUUGAUAGGGAUGCGGGAAGGCGAGAAGUGCAAAUACAGCAUUUCGAAGGUCAUUCUGCCUGUAGUGACUAGACCUAGGAGUAGGAAGUCGAAUAAUAAACCAGAUUUCAGGACGGUCCAACGGCUAUGGACUUGCCGGCUCAUAGGAAAA